CACACGAGCGACCGAGUCGCGCGACUGAGACGCGCGACUCGGUCGCCGGGAAAUCGCUUGCCAUAAGAUAGCAUGGGCGUGGGUGAGAACCUGGCACACGGGCGACUGAGCGCGUCUCCAUCGCGCGUCUGUCGCCAGCAGACGCGAAUCCCCGCGACAGAUCGCGGCGACCAGUCGUGCGGGAGCCUUGCACACGGGCGACUUUUAGCCGCGCGUCCGAGCGACUGUCGGUCAGUAUCUGGUUGUAUGUGCUGGCGAGGAAGAUGGCGUUCGAUUGUGACCGUUUUAUAAUCGAAAUAGAAUCAAGGCCAGCUAUUUGGGAUUCCAGAUGUGAUGAGUAUGCUAACAAAUGCAAAAAGGGAAAGGCAUGGGAAGAGGUGUGCGAUAUGUUCGUUGAGAACUUCAAAGCCAUGGAUAGCGUCCAUAAAAAUAAAGCAGCUGCAGAUCUGCAACGGAAAUGGAAGAAUCUACGUGACUGUUUCAGAAGAGAACUGGCUAAACAGAGGAAUUGUAAAUCAGGUUCUGCAGCAGAUGGCAGGAAACAAUAUAUAUAUUUCCAGCAGUUAACUUUCCUAUUGCCAGUAUGCGACACCAAACCUACAACAGAAGAAUCUCCAGACUUGCACACGCAAGCCACACCCGCAGCAGCUACAUCUACGGCACCUACUUCUCUUAAAAGAAAAAAACCGUCACCAGAAACAGAAGAACUUGAGCUACUUCAGUCGCUUAGAAGAAAUAUGGAAAAACGACAUGCAGGUAGAGAAGAAGAAGACAGUGACAGGCAUUUCUUGUUGAGUCUUUUGCCGUACUUCAAACGUCUGCCAGACGAUAUGAAACUUGAAGUUCAAAGCGACUUUUUAAACACCUUAAGAAGGUACAAUCAGGUGUCAAUUUCUGGUCAUCGAUGUCCUUCUCAGACUUCUGUCUACCCUCAUUCUUCUCCAUCAGUGAUCACAGGCCCAUCAUUUGUUUCGCUUCCAUACCCUAGUAGUAAUACAAGUACCUCUGGAGUACGCAACCAACAAUUUACACCCACCAUCAGUCAGUCUUACAACUACGGGUCUCAUUCAACUUCAGAAACAUCGCAGUUAAUGAGUCAACCCCAGCAGCCGCUGCAAUGCCACGCCUUAUCACCAAUGUCACCAGCAGCUUCCUCAUCAGUAUCUCUCCAGUCUGAUACGUCAAGUAUUUGUGAAGACUAUUUUAACUGAUACCUAAUAAAUUAUAAGACAUGUGACCUUCAUGGAAAGAGCAGUUUCAGUGAAUAACAAAUAAAUAUGUUAUCUAACAAUUUUCUUCUAAAUUUAUGAAAGAAUUUAUUUUCGUGUGCAAAACGAUAAACAUUUAUGUGUUGGAUCUUUGAGACAAUAUCGUGUCACGUAAUAAUAAAUGUUACUUAUUUGGGGUAUGUUCAGAAAAUGUUUUUUUUUAAUAAUAUGAUAAUAAAUGCUUCAACUAUACCCUUAAAAUACAUGUAACUGUCUAAUUAAAUUAUAAUUUCAGCCGUAGCCAAACACAUUUCACUCCUGUGUUCCUUGUACAACUAUGAAAUGAACUAUUUGUCUGCUUAUACAAGUGUACCCACCUUAAUGUAAUUGCAAGUCUCUCUUCAGCAGGGAUACUUCUUCUCAUACUUGUGUCAACUUUUUCAAUGUGAAUUUUCAGUACAUCCAGAAGAUCCGAGAAAGUACUCCGAGACAUUCUGAAAUAGUUAAAAUAUUUCGAAUUGUCUUCUUUUAGCUCACUCAUAAUCGUAUAAAACUGGCCCCUUGCUAAGCGGUCUGCAGUUAUUGGGUGCAUCCAUAGUACACGUUGCCUGCGACGACGCCGGCGCCGACGGCAACGAUGCCUUAGGACAAUGCCAAGAACUGUUUCUUCGUCGGUGUCCAUAUUCACAGUGAAGAGUGUGUCGCGUGAACCUGGCACACGAGCGUCUCGGUCGCGCGGCUGAGUCGCUCUACUCGGUCGCUUGGAGGCUCGACUUACUGGUUACAGAGCAGUAAAUUGGCACCUGAUGUGGUGAUAGCUACGCAGUAAAAUUGCGCCCAACAUGGGGCCAGCUAUGUAGUAUAAUGGGGCAGUAAAAUUGCACCAAACACGAGGCCAGCUAGACUGUUCAACUUGCGGUUCACUCAGCCUUGCUGAAAAAAAAAAUGGAAGAGGAAGCUGCAUUUAAUAAUUGUAUAAAAUAACAAUACGCGUAAGCUGACGUUCGGAAAGAGGGAGGUGUUAAGCGAAUGUGACCAACGCAAUCGCAUUAAAAUCCCGAGCUCAAACGUUUGAUCACUUAUUGAUAAAGUCAAAUGAGGCACAAUAUUUUGUUAAUGAUUGCCGGGAAGUGCGCUAUGACGCUGCAACUGAGGCGCCUGGCAGUUGCGUGGCACCCGGGCAGGCAAGGAGCGACUACAGGCCGUGCAAGCCUGGGCCCGGCGCCAAUGCUAUAGUCUUGGAUUGUACAACUAUAUUCGUCAUAUUACGUAAACUUAAUUUAUUAGGAUUUUUAAUAACGUUAAACACAUAUUUAUAGUCAUUAUUUUUUGUAACUUUUAAAUAUAAAUAAAUUUGCAACACCGUCGUCAGAAUUGAAGUUCCUGGUUGGUUUGGAAACUUUGAUUUAAGAGAGAGUGAUUUUAAAAUUUUUCCAUAUAUUUUCUGGGGGCUAUUCUAACUCUUUCGGUAAGACUCCUCUCCCAAAUAUUAGGGCCUAGGAAAGUUUU